GUUGAACACCUUAUUGGUAAAAACCGCGGCGGCGUGUUUCGAGAAAAGGCAGAAACUAUCAAAUGCAAAUAUGUGUGGAUCCGGAAGAGUCCAACUUGUAUUGCGUGUCUUGCAUGAGGCUGUAGAAUCUGUAUUGCAUGACGAGCAAAAGGGCAGCCUCAUUUGUCAUCCAAAAAGGCGAUUUGUCAUGCGUACUCCGCUUCAGAGAGCGCAGCUGUGAACACUUGUCAUGCGUAACUACAAAUGCAAGUUUUCCGCAACUCAGCAUCACAGGUUUCCAGACCCAGAUUACAUAUUUGCGAUGCAUAGAACCAGAUGCGCAGGCAGUUCGGGGCGGCUUACUACCCCGUCGUACUCGCGGUGCCGGAGGAAAUCGAGCGGCAGAUUUACGUAUCGACUGGAAAAAUGUCUGGGUCUGGAAGAUUGCCAGCCUUGUCAUACAGGUUUUCCAUGACCCAAGAGGUCUGGUAUGUAGGACAUAGCAUGAUGACAGAUUGUUCUCUGAGAGUUCUAUCAUGCCUGUGGAUAGCUUUUGGUAAUCAUGCACCACAGAUUCUUACAUGAUUCAGAUUUAGCAUGACAAGUUCCACUUUUCCAGACCCAGACACUUUUGCACUUGAUAUUACGAGUUUUUGCCGGAACCACGGGUCUACACACAGAAGGAACUGCUGCUGCACACGGACCCGGUUUUGGGAUUGCAC